AUGCUUAGGGGGGGACGUCAAUCGCCUCGUAUUACGCCGUAUACGUUGGCACGUCCCAUGACAGGGUACUCGCAGACCUUUUCCUCAGAACGGUCUGGGAAUGAAGUGCCAUCUGAGACCAAUGUCCCCUUUGCUGUGAACAUAGCGCCAUUUUCGAUGACGGAUACUACACCGGAGAGUGUCAAAAGCAACACCACAGCAGAGACGUUGACGGGCCAAAUGGCAGAGUUGAACUGGCAUCCACAAGCCACAGCGUCGCACAUGGAUGUACAGACCCAAAAUAUUGGGCCUCCCUCCGCGGAUGCAUGGUCGAUGCCUGUGGGCAUGGACGUCAUACCUGCCGCACCCGGCCUGCCGGCCUUUUUGCUGAGCACGGAUGCACCAGGUACAUCUAUGCCAACCUCUCUCAGAGCGGCACCUCCGUCACUCCUCUCGCCCCUUACCGAUCCACUAGCGUCGUCCAAUGUGACCACCAUUCCUUCCACAGAAUCGAUGCUUUCUUCAGAUUCACAACAAUCCAACGAACUGGCACAUUCUCUUUUAGAACUGCCUUUUUCUAUGGGCAUAGAGGGUGAGAAAAUACCCAAAAGAAAUCUAUCAUCCUUGCCACCGAUCAAUACGGACGACUUUUCUGCGGAGGAGUAUCAAUGGUUUGCUUCUGCGCCAAGUGCAUCGCAUAUGGCGCUCUUUUCACCAGGCCAUUCCAUCCUGGCCACAGGCUCCAAUCAUGUACAGUCCUGGCUCGAUGAUACCCUAGUCCCAUCGCCCAUGUACGAACGUGGUGCCAAUACGGGCUGGUCAGGUCUGCUUGGAUCUGUGGAUGAGAAUCGGACCCCGACAUAUGCGUCAUAUAUGAAUGCACAGAAGGGAUGGCCGCCUACGACGAAUAGGGCCACUGCCCCGGCCGUGCUUACGACGUCUCAUGAUUGGUGGUCGUACAAUGAAGAAGCACAAGAGCGUUUUCACAAGUACAUUUUGAAUGUGCUUCCGCUUCAUGGGUUCUUUCAGAACAACGAUCGUCGCACGACACUGGCCGUGGCGGUCAUAUCCAAGUUUUUGACGUACGCUACGUUCAUGUACCUUCGUGAUCCACAUGCGCCACAGCCCCCGUUUUUGCACCGUGCGAUGCUGCUGCAGUACCGAGAGGACAUUCCAGAGCAUUUGUGUAUUGCGCGCGCUUCGCUAGCAGCGCUCUCGAUGCGGUUGCCGCAUAGCGAGGUAUGGGCGUGGAAAUUGGUCGGCCAAGAGUUUGCAAAGCUGGUCACAAAAGCACAAGAAACAGCUGUGAAGUCAUACAAUUAUCGAAACAGUUUGGACGGCACGGUAUAUGAAGCCAUUCUCAUGCAGAGCUUGACGUUCGAGAAACUGUGGGAGCAAGUCAGCAUGGCCCAGGCACUUUGGCUGUACUUGGUGGUCGGCUCCUUUGGCAAUUGGCUUGAGUCGCAUGGUAAUGACUUACAGCAGUGGUCCACAGAGCAUGAGUUCUGGGGGCCCAUGCUAACCCCAUUGGCGGUAGAAGCAUUGCAAGCCUACCUGAAUGAGCUGGCCGUGACAGCGUACUUGCUCCAGUCCAAUGGAUGGGCGAAGCCCGCCAACUUUGUGUGCAAAAAUCAGCAGGACACAAACUUCAUGUGGUGGGGUCUCUGCGAGACACUACGACGCACUAUUUUAAGUGCUCAUGCACUUCUUGUGCUUCUCCGUUUCUGCCGUUAUGCCCACGAUCACAGUGUCGCAGUGGCCACGCUGGGCCAUGCGCCGUGCCGCAGCGAUAUCUCGCAGGCCCAAUGGAAACCCAUAAUGGAGCUAGAGAUGCCAAGCAUUGCUACUGUAUUUGAGGCCCAAGAUUAUUCUCACUGGCGGCAAUGCUUGGCAAAUGAGAUGGAAGAGGGCAGGGGCCCUAGCAUGACGCUGUCCUUUUGCAUGCAGCAGCGCGGCCAUGCCCAGACAGCGGCAAAGAGCAACGAGCGUGAUGCAGUCGAACGGUACUUACACCGUCACGACGAGUUUACGAACGUAUGUCUCUCUGCCCUGUAUGGUCUGACAAGCUCGUAG